AUGAUUCUUCGUCUUAGUUAUUCAACUAUCAAUCUAUGGGUUCCACUUGAAACAUUUUGUGAUAAACCACAAUUUUCAUGGACCAGUUACUUUUUCUUUAUAAUUCUUGCAAUUCUAAUGUUGUUUUGCGCAUAUUUCAUUUUUGUUCUAAUUGAUGUUAUGUGGAAAAUUCCAAAGUUUCACACAAACAAUCGAAUAAUUUUGAGUGUUUUGAUAACAAGUUGGUACACUUGUUCAAUUGGAUAUUUAUUAUUAUUACCAUAUCAAUAUAACAUUAUUGAACUAGAAGGUGGUACUUUGAAUCUUGUAACUUUUUGAAUCUUGUAACUUUUUCUUCUCAUUUCCAGUCUCUGAUAGUUCAACAGUUGGUUUCGAAACUCAUUCACGAGUUGUUGUUGAUAUAACUUUUCAAACAAUUCCUUUAUUGAUUGGUUCAAUAUUAAUUUGGACAUAUUUCAGUACUGUAAUAUCAACAUUGUUAUUAUUUUUGGCGGAAAGAGCAAUUGCGACGUAUUUGUAUAGGUCAGGAUUUUUUUCCGUCUCGAAGUUCAUGCCAGCUGAAAUGUUAGCCCUUGGCAAAAUUUUCACAGUUCCGUUUUGUGAAAUACAUGAUUCUUCCUACAUUUCUGGCAGCAGGUGUUUUCGUGGUCAUAGUAAAAAAUAUACCAAAAGCUCAAAUCAUGAAAAUCGAACAACGUUUUAAAAACAACCUAGCCUUUUCAGCGAUUACGAAAGAAAACCUCGUCCAACCUUAACUCUAGUAAUUAUUGUAAUUCUACCGACGCUGAUAUUUUUCGAAACUUUUCUUCUAACAACUUAUAUUGUCAAUAUGAAAUCUUCUUUUGUUAUUAGCAUAUUGAUGGUCAUUAUUUUCAUACCAUCUUUUCUAUUUUUGAAGAAACAUAACAAUGAACUACGAAAAACACUGAAAAUGGGACAAAACAAUGUUCCAGACCCGCUUGCGGCCAAAUUUCAAACCGAAGAGAAUAUACGAUCUUUGAGUGUAAGAAUUACCAAAAAAUAUAACCUAAUAUCAAUUCAAAUGUUUCAGUUAGCAACACAUUUCGUAUACUGUGCAAUAUUUAUCAAUAUCAUUUUUCUUCUAGUUCUUAUAUCCAAUCUUUUUGGUAUUAUCGAUUCGAAAACCGCAUUUGUGCUCUUUCAAAUUAUUUGUUUACUGUGAGUUGAAAUCAAAUUUUCUGAAAAGGUUUCUCUAUACAUAUUGUCUCUUUUUAGGAAUCCUUUGGUAGUUGUUCCUGCAACUCUAUCUUCAGUUGUUGAGUGGAAAAAUGCGUUCAUUAGAAAUGUUCCAUUUAUUCCAAGAAGUUUUCGAUCGAAAAAAGUAUAUGUACAGACAGAAAAUGCAGAACGUAUUACUGGUGUUUAUUUCCAACAAUUACAGCAUACAUGGAAUCGGCAAAGUUAA